AUGUUCAACACUCCCAAGGAGGCCGAGUCCGACGACGAGGAUGAAGAAGACUCCUCCGACGAAGCCCCCAACGUCACCCUUACAGAACGCAAAGGCGACCUCUUCGCCGCCCCAGCAAACACCCUCCUCAUCCAUGCCUGCAACUGCGUUGGCAGCUGGGGCGCCGGCAUCGCCGCCGCCUUCAAAAAGAACUACCCAGACCACUUUGCCAUCUACACUGCCCACUGCAAAUCCAAGACGCCAAACUCCUUACUUAGCACCUGCCUUCUCAUCCCUCCCCAAUCCAGCGGCCCCAAACACUGGAUCGGUUGUCUGUUUACCUCUCGCAAAUACGGCAGAGGUAAGGACAGCAAAGACGACAUCAUGGACAGCACAGACAGCGCUCUGCAGGAUAUGCUGGAGCAAUUGGAGGAUCUUGAGAAGCAGCCAUCGGGGAUUUGGAUGUGCAAGAUCAACUCGGGCUCGUUCAGGGUGCCAUGGGGUCAGACCAAGGCGCUGAUCGAGUCGUUGACUUUCAAGNGGGGCCUGCAUAUCCAGAUUGUGGACAAGAAGUGA